GAUGGUAAAGACGUGUGUUGAUUGGCUGACGUCUCGUGGCGUUAGUUGAAGCUUCACUGAACAACAAAGAUGGCAGACUCGCAGAGGUGGUUAUACAUCUCUUCGGAUUCUUUGCCCGAUUUAGGGCCGGACCUUACUACAUCGUCCGAUCUCGAUAAUGUCUUGCUAAACGGUCUUGAUGAUAUGAUAAAAUAUAUCUAUCCUGAUGGACAAAAUCUUCCAGAAAAUGAUCUCUUUGGAGGUCAACUCAAUUUCAACAUCAAACAAGAUCCAGAAUUACUUUCUGAAGAUUUGGUUAAUUCAUUUAAUUUUGCCAAACCUGACAAAGAAGAAGCUGCAAAGACUUCCCCUGUUGUAUCUAAUGUUGGGACUACGGUGAUUCCACAGAAAAUUGCUGAAAACCAACAGGUCCCUGACACAUUCAUAAAAACUGAAGUAGCUCCUGCUUCUGAUAAGAAUCUCCCUGACUGCAUCAAUUUGACUGAUGACCAGUUGUUGGCCCUUGCUAAACUAAAAGCAUCAUUGUUGGCUUCCCAACAACAUAAAGAUGAGCUUAAAAUACAAACACCGGUUCCUUCACAGCCACAACCGAUGGAAGUAACCAGUGUUGUUAACACUGGUUCUAUUGUGCAGACUCCACAGAUUUUAUCACCACAACCACAACAACAGCAACAGCAGCAGCAGCAGCAACAACAACAACAGCAGCAGCAGCAGCAACAACAACAACAACAACAACAACAGCAGCAGCAACAGCAGCAGCAGCAGCAGCAACAACAACACAACCAGAUCAACUUGCUUCUCCAUCAACAACAACUUCCACAACAACAAGCAACAACGGCAACAGCAGCAGUACCACAACAACAACAACAACAACAACAACAACUUCAACAAGUUGUACCUCAAGCGGUUGUUGCAACAUCUCCACAAACAGUUGUACAGCCUCAUCAUCAUCAUCAACAGCAGCAGCCGCAGCCGCAGCAGCUUCCACCACAACCACCACAGCAACAACAACCACAACAGCUACAACAACAACCACAGCAACAACAGCAACCUGUGAAUGUAAAUGUUACAUCAAAUGGAAUUUCCUCUCUGCAAAAUGUGACUACAACCAGCCCGGUCAACAUGCAACAGUUACAACAGCUUCUUAUUCAGUCUCAACUGAUAAAACCCCAGGAAGUUAAUGGUAAUGUUGUGACACUGGCCAGUCCACCAGCAUCAAAUUCUCUAGUGACCAGUGGCAACACAAUACUGACCACAAGCAUUCCUCUGCAAAUGGUUGGUGAAGGAGAUAAGCUGCCUAUCAACCGACUAAACACUAGUCCACUGAAAAAGAAUAGAGGAGAGAAGAGAACAGCUCACAAUGCUAUUGAGAAACGUUAUCGCCUUAGUAUUAAUGAUAAGAUAAUUGAGUUGAAGAACCUGGUUGUUGGAACUGAAGCAAAGUUGAAUAAAUCUGCUAUCCUGCGCAAAGCCAUUGACUACAUUCGUUACAUACAGAACACCAACACUCGUCUGAAGCAGGAAAACAUUGCCCUUCGACUUCUGGCAAAGAAACAGAAUUUGGAAGAUAAUUUGGCUGGAGCCCAACUGAAGAGCGAUCCUACUAUGGUUCUGACCCCACCAGGCUCUAUCACAGGUUCUCCUUCCCGCAGUCCCCCUACUGCUAGCAGUGACAGUGAAAUGUCUUCUCCCCCAAGUCCACUAUUUGAUGACUCCUCACAAAAUUCUGGUGAUAUGAAGACUUCUUGGAGCGAUGGUCACAUUUUUAACAUUGGUAUGCUUGAUCGAUCUCGUCUGGCACUCUGUAUGUUUAUGUUCGGCGUCCUUGCUUUCAAUCCGUUUGGAUUUUUCUUGAACACUAAAAUGUAUUCGGAUUAUUAUGGGAUGCCUUCUGAACACAGUUCUCGUUCCCUACUUGUGACCACGACAAAGAAUGAAAUGAUCUCAUACUGGCCAUUCCUGCCACAAAUCUUGAACAGUAUUUUCAUAUUGAUCAUGUUGCUGAUGCUUUUUGUGUAUGGUGAACCUGUCAAAUCCAAGAACAGUCAAGCAUCAGUAGCUUAUUGGAGACACAAGAAACAAUCUGAUCAAUACAUCACCCAAGGAAACUAUGCAGCUGCCGCUCGACAGUUGCAUCUUGGCCUUCUUGCUCUUGGUCGACCCCUUCCAACUUCGAAGAUUGACCUGGUUGCCAGUCUGGCUUGGCAUUCCUUACGUCAGUUUUUACAUUACAUUUACCUGGGAAGAUGGCUAAGUAACAGAGCUGGUGGUCUGUGGUCAAAAGAAUUUGAAGCAUCUGAAGUGAAACAGUCUGCAGUAAAUGCUGCUUUGGCUUAUCACAAACUUCACCAACUCCAUCUGACCGGUCACACCAGUGGUAGCUCAGCAUAUGGGAUUAACUUGGCUCUGUGCGCUGUCAACCUUGCUGAAGCUGCUGGAGAAAUGCUUCCUACUGCUACUCUCGCUGAGAUAUAUGCUACAGCGGCCAUAACAAUCCACCAGAGUGCCCCUUUUAACUUAAAAUCUCUCUGUCGUUACUUCCUCCAUAAAGUGAGCCAUGCUUGUUCUCGCAGUGAAGGCAAAGUUCCUGCUUAUAUCCAGUGGUUAUGCCAUAAAGAUGGUUACCGAUUCUUCGUUGACAGUUUCUGGGAUAUAAGCUUUGAAGAAAGUUCUUUCUCCAGUAUUGGCAAUUAUGUCGAUCCUCUGGCUAUUGUCACUAGACACUUUCGUGAACAUCUGUUAGCAAAGUCACUUGCUAUCUUGAACAAUCCGUCUCAAAAGUGGGAAAGAACUAGUUUUAUCAGUGAGGUGACACAGUACACACAGUUAUUGGCAGAUUGUUCCUGUUUACAGUCAAAAGAAUCAACAAUACUCAUUCAAGAGUCUGUGAAACUGCCAAACCAAGUGGUUCCUUCUGUGUUGGAUGUUGAUGAAAUUGCUCGGUGGUGGUCAGCUAUUGUCAAUGUGGCUACUUACUGGUUUACUGGUGAUUAUGGAAAUGCAGAACGCAACUUUCAUCUUCUUGAUGUCUUUCCCAAGAAGUUUAUUGGUGCAAGUGAUCCACUGCCCAAAGCUGUCUUCUUUGCCUAUAAAGCUCGGCGCCGAUUCCUGUCCAGUGCUCAGAAUAUUUCAGAUUCCAGUAUACUACGUCAGUGUGAUCAUGCUGGUCGUUUACUUCGCGAAAGUCUUAAAUUUGAAAAGAGUUCUGAACAUAGUGAUAUUGUAAAAGGCAUCCAAUUGUUGACAUGUGAUUUCCUUCUUCGUACUCGUCGAGAACUUUGGCAACAACGUCAGAGCCAGGAUCCAAGUUAUACCAGGCCACCACACUCGCAUAUUAUUGCAUUCCAGCAAGAUUUAUAUUGCCUCCGUCGUGUUACUCAUACCAUGAAACAUGCACUGAAAAAGGUAUUUCUUUACGAGGCCACAGCACGUAUCAUGGUUGGUGCCAAUCCAUAUCGUACUCAACAACUAUUAGAUCAAAGUCUUCGUAGACGUGCUGGAAAAGGAAAAGAAGAUGAAAGCAGCUCGAAUCAUGACAAUAAAAGUCACUUUGGCAAUCAUGAUGAGGCAUCUGCAUUGAUCCUGGCCAGCUGUCACCUACCGACUGCCACAUCCACAAGCGAAACAAUUGGUGGACACAAUCUGAGUCGCAGACAGAUGGUUGAAGAAGCGGCACAUCUUUAUGGCACGCUGCAGGACAAACGUGCUGUAAAUAUGUGUCAGAGUUUGUUAAAAACUCUUGAAGAACACCAAUACAAGCCAGACUUGGUUCCUUCAGUUGCACAACUGUCCAAUUAUCCUAUACCACAGGCUGUUAAGUGCUAAUUGUAGCACCAUUGUGAAGGGGUUGUUUACUAUAUAACUUGGUUCAGAUAUGUGUCCUUAAAGUCACAGUAUCAUAGAUUUUAUUUGAAACAAUCUCUACCUUGAUAAUAAAUGAUAAAACAAACUAACAACAAUUUUAUUUUUACACCAAGGGGUAGUUUUAUCAAACUAAAUAUAUGUUUGUAGAUUCCAUGUUUUAUGCGUGCUUCUCUGUCUUAAGUGUAUAUAUGUGUAUGUAUUUAUAUAUAGAAGUAUAUGUAAAAGUAUAUGUUAAAUAUAUGUGUAUAUACAUGAGAAAAAAAAUAAAUUUAUGUGCAUAUAUGUCAAUGUACAUGUAUAUAUAUAAACAUACAUACAGAUUAAACAAACAUUCACAUAUUUAUACCUGCACCUAUGAUUGUGAAUAUAGUGUGUGUGUGUGAGAUAUAUUCAUCUUUUCCUUGGUAUGUAAUUGGUCCAGUUCUGAAUGUAUGAACCAAGUUUAAAACACUAAUUAUUUAAUUUUGUUCUCUUUUUCAUUUUAUUUGGUAUUUGCAUCUGGUUUAUUUGAUAUUCGUUACAAUCUGAUUUUCAUGCUUACGUUUGCUAGUUUUCACUUAGAACUGAACUGCUUGUUCAAUCUUUCCCUUAUCAGCCCCACUUUUUGAUGCAUUCUUUUGUGAAAUGAAGAUAAUUAGUUUCAUUUCAUUUAGACAUUUUGUUAAUUGAAAAUAUUUUCGUGAUAUUUCGAAAUGAAAUUUUUUUUUUAUAUAUAUAUUUUUGGUUUUCAAAUGAGAAAAUAUAAAUUCUGUAUUCUAGAAUUAUUUUGAGUGACUGUGGAGAAUUUAUACUUUUGAGAUUGACUGUUGUGCUCCUAAUUUUAAAUCCCUGUACUGUUUGUUUAUGGCACUUAAAUAUCCUCCUUUCUCUUAUCAUUUGAACCAUUUUCAUUGGAUCAUUAAUUCUAAAUUGUAGAUAAACUUGAUGUCUGUAUAUUGUAUUGUCAUGACCACAAUAAUGUGGUGUCCAUUUUACAGAAAUUUAGUUAGUUCAAUAUAUGGGGGUGUGGUGGGUGGGGGACAGUGAGAUGCACAGUGGCUCUUAUACUGUCACAUGCCAUCUUUCUUUGUUUAUGCUACAUGCUGUCUUUCUUUGGCUAUGCCACUUGCAAAUAUCUGUGCCUUAAAAGAAAAAAAAAAACAAUUGAUCUGUAAAUGGGUAUUUUACAUUGUGUACAUCCCAUAAUUACCACACAUGUAGAACUACCUGUACAAGUAAAUUCCAAGUGCGGCCACAUUUUCUGCACUUAGUAUCUCCUGCUUCUACUAUUACCGUAACCAGCUUUGAAACUGGUUCUCUUCUUGCUGUGGCUAAUCUUGUAUAUAUUGUUGCCAAUAACACCAACAUUUAAUUUCUCUUAUGCGUUUAGUUGAGACACUCUCAUUUAUGAAUUAUUCCUCUAAAGUAAUUUAUUAGGAUAAAAGAAGUAAAUCAAGGCAUAACAGUGUAUCAUGAUCUUGGUGUGUGUAUUUUUGUUGCUUGACUCAAGGUCAAACCUGAUGAUUGAGCAGAGCUAUGAUUAAAAUCAUUCCAAUUGUGAUCUACCAUCUUUUUUAUUUUAUUUUUUUCAGACAUAAUAGGAAAAUAGGAAAGCCCUGUUAGCUAUAUAUAUGGUCCAUCAGAGAUAUAGCUUCAAACACUAGACCACUUUUCUUGUUCUUGAUUUCAAGUCUGAUUUUAAAUUGACACUUUAUAAGUUUAGUUUUAGGGAAGAACAACCGUCUUGUAAUCUAUAAUAAUAGAACUGGAACUGCUUCUGUGAAGGGUCAUUGGAUUAUGUUAUGUCUCUAUUGCCACCACUAUCACGACCUCUCCAAAUAAGAACUGGUAAAUUUGAUUUACGUAGGUCUAUUUAAUCCAAUUCAUGUCUCAUUUUCUGCAUCUAUUUGUACUGCUUGAUCUGAAGAUAUGUCAAUUACUUCAUCAUGUUGGCAAAAUGAGGGCAAGUGGAGGUUGUAUUUCCAGGACUUGUAUUCCCACUGAUCAGACUGCAUUUUUAUUUGCAUUCUCUUACCUAUGAGGUAUCCGUUGAUAUUUUGAAGAUUCCAAACUGAUGGAGAAAAUGAUGUUUGGAUUAAAAUACCUGGAUAUAGUGUAAACUUAACUUUGUUAAGAGAACACUGAAGUGUUUUUAAUAAUUUAACCCUCUCAUACCUGGGUCCUUGUAUACAACUUUACCCUCCUCCUGGGCUCUUGAGCAAUAGCAGUUACAAAGUAUUCAAAGAGUUCCAAUCUACAAUAAAAUCAAGUUUUUAUUGACGUCCGUAAUGAUUUUCACAUUUGUAUAAUUUUUCUGAUGUUCUACUCCUGUUCCCGUGUCACUCCAAAAAAAUAAUCCACCAAAUUUUAGGGAAGAAAUGUCUUUGAGGGAUGUAACUGACCUGUAGAACUCUGUCACUCAAUUAUAUGACAUAACUAAAUCAAUACAUCUAGAUACUCCUUGUAAACUAUUCUCUGGUGGAUUCAGGUAAAUUUUAAAAUGGCGAAAAAGUUCUGUAAAAUAUAUUUAGAAAAGUUCUUUUGUUAAAAUUAAAAUAGGAAAGAUAUUUUGAAUUCACUUAGAUUUAAUAUUUCUAGUUUUAGUUUUUUUUCUUCUCUGUGAUAAAUAAUGGUUGUGGUCAUACUGAGGUGUCGGUUGAUUACAGCUCUGUUCUAGGAUUGAGAGAUAGCAGUUACUUUUCUUUUUUGUUUUUUAGAUAAUAUUUCAACAUUAGAAAAGGAAUAUGGUGCAUGGAUAUUUUAAAGCAGGAAUUCUAAAGUGACAGCAUGAGAACAUGUUCCUUGUCAAUGUCUUUUGUGUUGGCCUUGAAAUAUAUUUGUCAAUUAGUUGUUUCUAAUUAACAAGUAAUUUCAUUUGAAAUCUCCCUUCCCACCACCACCGCCACUACCACCAUCAUCACACAGAGCUAAUUUGAGCCAUGUAUGGAUUAAACAAAUACAUACAUUUAUACCAUCUUUAAAAAUGUUGCUUGUGAUACUCAAAAGAUGUGCUGUGUUGGGUUUCUGUAUUCAGAUGUUGAUGAGUACCAGCAAUUCCUUUGGGAGAAUUGUAGCUCAUCCCAUUUUAAGUGGGAUGUGUAGGUUAAAUCCACCAAGCCAAUGCUAAAUAACUUAUGAGUCUUUCUGCUAAAUAUUCUUGUCAUCUCUUCUUUCUAUCAAAUUCUGUUCAGUUAUCUUGAUAACAUUCUAGUAGGUGAGGAAUUAUGUGUUUUGACAAGCUGGGUAGAUUCUGACCAUCUGUGUCUUUUUACAAAAUCCAUCUUUAUUUUUUAACAUGAUGCUUAGAUAAUAAUAGAAGGUUUUUAAUUUUCACAUCCUUAUAUAUGUAUUUAUGCUUUAUCCUGUAUUGCUAAUAAUGUAAAAUAAUUUUAAAUAAAACUUAUUCUGUAUAUAACAUUU